AUGGCCGAGCCACCUCCAGUAGAGCUGCCUGGUCCAGUGCCAACGUCAACGAGACCGACCGGGUGCCUCAAAAAGCUGGACUGCCACACCUCCGCCGAGGCCAACAGGAUCGUGGCACGCAUCCACCGGAACAUGGGCCAUCCCAACAACAAGGAUCUGAGCACGGUGCUAGCACAGAGCGGCGCAAGCCACGUGCCCAAGUCCACUCUUCGGACCACCUACCGUUUCAACGAGCGCCUCCUCUCUGACACCAUCUGGUUGCAGGUGUCCGACAAGACCCUUCCGGUGAUCACCAUGAUGGACGCGGCCACUCGCUUCCUGGCCGCCCGGUAUGUGCACAAGGAAACCACCAGCGAGUUUGUUGUCGCUCUGCAGCGGGGAUGGAUACGUACCUUCGGCCCUCCGACAACUCUCUUUGUGGACAGCCACCGAGCAUGGGGAAGUGACGAAAUGAUGCACUUCACCACCGAGCACGGCAUCGAGCUGAUCAUCUCACCUGGCGAGGCUCACGAAAGACUGGCUCAGCUGGAAAGACGCCACCAGGUUCUUCGCAGAGCAGUGGAACUUUACCUGGAGGACAAUCCCCCCACGGCCAGCGGACCAGAGCCCCUCAUCGAGGCCCUCACCUUUGUGGUACCACAGCUCAACCAGAGCCUGUCUGUUGGUGGGUUCAGCCCAACGCAGUGGGUGCUUGGGUACCAGCCCACGGUCCCUGGCAGCCUGCUCGACUCCAACGUGAACUACAGCCACCUCGACCCGAGCGAGGCCUUUCACUUCAAGAUGCAGUGCCGUGUUCGGGCUGCCACAGCGGUGGUGAAAGCCGACAACGACCUUCGACUACGUCGCGCUCUACUACGACAACAUCGCGGUAAUCCUCCGCGCCUACUGGUUGGCCAGAGAUGCUUCUACUGGACAGAAGCAGCGGGGCCCGGCCCCAGGAUUCGAUGGAAAGGACCAGCCACUGUGGUGCUCGUCGAGUCCCAGCGGGGACACAACACACCGCCUACGGUGCACUGGCUGGUUCAUGGUACCGCCUUGAUCCGGGCCGCUCCUGAGCAUGUGCGCCCCGAUCUGGAGAAUGCGACCCUGGCUGCUGACACCCCUGCCCUCCACGAGCUGGUGAGGAAGGUUCAGAACCGCGGCACCACAGUCUACAUCGACCUCUUCCGGACCAACCGCAAGCGUCGACGAGAAGAUCUGGCGGACACCGACCAGGAGGGCACCGACAAUGAAGGGGAUGAACCCCCCGAUCAGCCUCCUCCGCCGCCACCGGGGCCGCAAAUUCCACUUCCAACUGGCAACGACCUGGAGCUCACCCCCACGCCGACACUCCCCAGCAUCCUGGACUCCGCCGAGCUGCCGUCCCCGGUGUCUACCACGCCCACCUUGCGUUCGCCUGGCGGCACUUUUCGUCCUCGUGGACCACCUCCCCCCCAGCCUCUUGCUGGUGGCCCACCAGCCGCUGCUACAGCUGCCCGCGAGGACGAUGACUUUGACGAGGCGGAGGACCCCGACAGUGAGGAAGGCGGAGUCGAUGAUCCGGACAUCGACCCGGACACAGACAACGAUGAGGGCGGAGACGGCGGGGGUGACACCACGAGUUCCACGACGGCUCCUUCUACAGCGGACAGACCCGGUACAUUCACCGGAGCGAGUACACCCACGCCGCCUUCCAAUGAGGAGACACCUUCCCCUGGGGAAGGAACUCAACAUCGACUACAUCCGAUCUUCGAGGGCAGCCCCGACGAGACCUUCAACCAGAAGCGAGCCCGGCUAGACCGAAGCGAAACCAUCAGCCAUGGUCCUCCACCACCCGAGCCGGAGGUGCACCCGACUUUCAAGUCAGUGCCCUUCGAGACCUUCCACCAGAGAAGAGCCCGUCUAGACCGGAGCGAAACCAUCAGCUAUGGUCCACAACCAUCCCGUCCUGGUGAUAGACCCCAGCCAUACCCAGAUCACGGUCCGACCACAGAACAUGGCUUCACAGUCGACGUCCUUGACGACUCUCGUACCGAGGACACCCAGGCCAGCUGUUUACCUGAGGGAUGGACUGCGGAUGAGCACGGCUAUAUGGUCCUGGACGACAUCUACGACACGUGGGAGAUCAAGGGCAACAACCUCAUCAGGCACCACUACGUGGCCAGGAACACUCUGUUCCACCCUCAGGAGACAGGUGACUGCCCUGUACCCGUGACGAUGCUCACCAAGGUCCGCAACUCCUAUCAAGGAAACCAUUGCCACCAAGACCGUUGGCGGAACUCCAAGAGUAGAGAGGGCAUCUGGUGGACUGGCCGCACCGUCUUCAAGAUUGCCAACAAGGACCGUCACCUGGCCCAGACCGCGUUCUACACCAGCUCCGGAGGAGCCCCAACCUACGGGGGACCCAAGGAGAAGAGACAGAAAGACGCCAAGUCGUUGAACGAACGCACCCUCAGCUUGUCAGACAGGGUGGCGUUCAUUGAUGCAAAAAGAAAAGAAUUGGGAUCGUUUUUCACGAAUUGCGUCUGGGAGUUUGGGACGGAAUCGGACGCGCCCCCUGGGCGCACUCUGAAGGCCCACUUCAUCCUGAAGUGGUCCAAGAACCCGGAUGGAACGCCAAGGGCCAAGGCUCGACUCAUCAUCCAGGGCUUCCGGGAUCCUGAUGCCCUGGCUGGAUUGGUGGACUCUACAUCACCCACCUUGUCCAGAUUGGGCCGCACCACCCUCUUCAGCCUCACCACCCUGAAGCAAUGGUCGACCUUUGUGGCGGAUGUCUCUACGGCAUUCCUACAAGGACGGGAACACGCACCGUCGAGAACCCUGUGGGUCAGACUACCUGCUGACGCUCGCCAGCUGUUGGGAAUCACCGAUCCCAAGGUGUGCAUGCGACUGCGUCAACCCAUGUACGGCCUCUGCGACGCUCCCCGAGCGUGGUAUGAUGAAGCCUCUCGGAGGUUGGGGCAGGCCGGGUUCACCAAGCAUCCGCUCGAUGCUUGUCUUUUCUUAUACUUCGCCCCGGACCUGCGAUGCGCAGUCGGCCUUCAUGUGGACGAUUUGCUCGGAACUACUUCCCCCGAGAACAAGGACGCCAUUAAGAAGAGUCUCAUGGAGUUGUUCUCGUUUCGGGACUACCUCGGGGACCAGGAUGUCUUCGAGUUUCUCGGGGUGAGUGCGAAGAAGGAGGCCCAUGGAGGCCACAGCUGCGGCCACGCAGACUACCUGGCCAAGCUCAAGCCGAUCACCCUGGACAAGGGCCGCCUCUCAGACCCCGACAGCCCGGCGACUGACAAGGAGAAGACACAGCUACGAGCUUUGCUGGGUGCAUUGCAGUGGGCUGCCACCCAGACUUCCCCUCACCUACAGGCGAUGACGUCAAUGCUGGCGGGUGAAGUGCCGAAGGCGAAGGUUUCUACGAUCCUCUCGGCGAACAAGGUCCUGCGUUUUGCCAAGGCCAACAGUGACGUGAAGCUACAGUACGCCCCACUUGGGGCCACUGUCGAGGACAUCACCUUUGUGGCCUACUCGGACGCCGCCUUCGCAUGCCGAGCAGACCUCUCCAGCCAAGGAGGAUAUAUGAUCUGCUUGUCGCCGAAGGAAGUCUUGGCGGGGACCGUGUGUGGCUACCACCUCCUGGAUUGGAGGUCCUUCAAGCUGCCCAGGUUGCCAGGUCAACGCUGGCGGCGGAAGGCCAUGCUGGACCCCCAGUUCAGGAUCAGUGAAGUCCAGCCCGAGACCUACCGCUGGAUCUCACCAUGCGCCCUCAUUGUGGACGCCAAGUGCCUGUACGACCUCCUGCACCGCGAAGAGCUCUAUGUCUCAUCGGCGGCAGACAAGCGGACCUGCCUGGAAGCCCUCACGACGAGGGACAAGCUCCGGGAGAUUGGGGGUGAGGCCCGAUGGGUUUCCUCAGAGAGACAGUAUGCGGACGGCCUCACCAAGGACACGGCAACCCAACUACUGGCGGACCGAUUGAGGACGCAUAUGCACAAGAUCGUGGCGGACGACAUUUACCAGGCAUCGAGGAAGAAAACGGCGGCAGAUCGCCAUAAGAGUGCGCAGCAGUUUGCGCAGCCCAAGGUUGCCCCAGGCAACCGUGCAGCCGCACCUGCCGCUGCCUUUGUGGUUUUCUUCGCCCAGGUUCUACCCAGUGGAGCUGCCCGGGCCGAGGUGUCGACCGAACUCACGGUGCAUCCUGGGUUCCACCUGGACCCCUACCUUGAGGCAGGCUACUACGUGUUCUUCCCGCUCCUCCUGCUCCUGCUGGUGGUCUACCUGCACCCGACCGAGCAGAUACAACGGCUGAUAACGUGCUUCAGGCCUACGCCGGUACGGGUCACCCACCAAGCGGUGCAGACCGACGACCUGCCGGACACCCGCUCCUCGACUACCACACAGACACGAUCCACUUCCACCCCUACGACGAUCGCCCGGUGGUGCCAGACCGACACGGCUAUGUACUAUAGCCCAGUCCAAACGGCCGAGGGCCUAGCACUGGACUUGCAGCUGGUAAGAGGAUAUAACCAGCGCCUCACUGCCGCUGUACACAGCAGCGCAUGCUGGACUAUCACACCGAGUACCGCCUGUGCUACCACCACAUUGGGGACCUAUUCGUCACGCCCCACGGACGAGCAUGGCACUGCAAUGAGGAUUGUGCCCGCAGCCGGACUUCCAACCAAGUUCGGACCCUCACACCGUGCGCGUACUGCACGAAUGCCUGGGUACCGAUUCCCGACCGGCUGCGAGCGAACCCACACUUUGAGGCGGCUCAUGAAGGACGAGCUCCACGGCCUCGACCACAACUACCCGUUUUGCUUCAAAGCCCGGCUGCUGGCCACAAUCAAGGAAGACUUCCAAGACUAUCAAAACGAAAGAUUACUCCUGUAG